AAGAACAAAGAUCAGCAACUGAGUGUCUGUAACCUCUCAGAGAGAAGCUGUGGAGCUCUGUCCUCAGUCCUCAGCUCCUCCAGUCUCAGAGAUCUGGACCUGAGUAACAACGACCUGCAGGAUUCAGGAGUGAUGCUGCUGUCUUCUGGACUGGAGAGUCCACACUGCAGACUGGACUCUCUCAGUCUGUCUGGCUGUUUGGUCACAGAGGAAGGCUGUUCUUCUCUGGCCUCAGCUCUGAGCUCCUCCUGUCUGACAAAGCUAGACCUGAGCUACAAUCAUCCAGGAGAAGGAGGAGAGAAACUACUGUCUGCUCUACAGAAGGAUCCACACUGCAGACUGGAGACACUGAGACUGGACCAUGGGGGAUGGCACAAUCUGAAACCAGGUCUGAAGAAGUACGCCUGUGAGCUGGAAGUGGACACAAACACAGUGAACAGAAACCUCAAACUGUCUGACAACAACAGGACGGUGACAGGUGUGGAGGAGGAUCAGUCAUAUCCUGAUCAUCCAGACAGGUUUGAUAAUUGGUCCCAACUGCUGUGUCGGACUGGUCUGACCGGUCGCUGUUACUGGGAGUUCGAGUGGAGAGGAGAGGUUAAUGUUUCGGUGAGUUACAGAGGAAUCAGACGGAGAGGGGACUAUGAUGAAUGUGUGUUUGGACGUAAUGAUCAGUCCUGGAUUCUGAGCUGCUCUGAUGAUGGUUACUCUGUCUAUCACAAUGACAUAGAAACAAAAAUCUCCUCCUCCUCCUCCUGUUCAUCCUCUAGUAGAGUAGGGGUGUAUCUGGACCAUCCUGCUGGCUCUCUGUCCUUCUACAGAGUCUCCUCUGACAGACUGAUCCACCUCCACACCUUCAACACCACAUUCACUGAACCCCUCUAUCCUGGGUUUGGGGUUUGGUCCACAUAUUUGGGUUCCUCAGGUUCCUUGGUGUCUCUGUGUUCUCUGUAGCUCAAAACUCUGCUGUCUGAAUCCAAAGCUUAGUCAGACUAUGAAUCUGAUUUUUUUGUUCAAAGCUUGACAGUCAUCUUGUAUUAGUGUUGAUAUCUCUGUUUAAAUAGUCAGCAGUCAUUUUUAUAUGAUCAAGUCCAGAAUGGCUCAUUUUAGAGCUGUUUUAGCUCAGAUACUUCUUGUUUUGUCUGUUGAAGCCCACUGGCAAAAACAGCUGAUCAGAGACACUGAGGUGGAAGAGUACGUAGCCUGUAGCCCAAGCUCACACUGAAAAAAAUAGUGCCAAACACAGCAGCCUUCUGGAUAAAAAUUAAAGGUUGUUGUUUUUGGUCCAUUUUGAAGCCUGUAGGUAAAAUGGGCUAAAGAGCAGGGUCAGAGAGGGACCUUCAGUGUCAGAGAGAUAUGAGUGAAAUAAUAGAAGAAAAGAAGAAAUUUCUUCAAGCACAUAGACAUACUCAUGGUUACUAAAUGCUGCUCCAGGAAACAGCAGUGUGAUGACUGUACAGAAAGGGUUCGGAGUUCUCUGUCCAUGUUCAUAAUCUGCAUCUCUUCUCGUCUCUCUGGCCACCACAGAGUCUUGAUAUCAACCAAUCAGAGCGAGAGACGAGCUAACGCAGGCAUCAUAGACCAAACAGUCAAAGUGAACAGCAGAGCCAGAAAUAAGCUGUGAAAAGCUCUAAAAGCAGUCAGAGAUGUAAGGACAGACAGCCAGAGUUUUUACAGUUUUCACUUUUGAAACUUUAUCAAUAAUAUAACAGCUAUUCAAAGUCAUCUUUUCACCACUAACAACACCGUCCUCUUAUUCUACUGAAAUCUCUACAUUAUUCUAUUGGAUGUUUGACUUUAUGGAAGGUUAGCUGUUAAAGCAGUAAACAGGCUUCUCUAAUGUGAUUUGUGUUUGAUAGGAAACUUCUCAUGUUAAAAUAUGAAAAAACAACAAAUUCAGCCCAACUACAAUAUGAUCUUUAUAAAGGAAAUACCGUUCUUCCCUUAUUCAUCAAUAAUCCUGGAUUUCUCACUGGAUUUCCACCACAAAUUGCACCUCAAACUAGUAAAGUUUUUACCCACGCUGUUAAAAACUGGAUUCUGAUUCAUCAGCCUGGACAGCCCUGAACAGCAGCAGGUCUCAUUAGGCCUGGGAGAUGGUUUGGGGACAGAGGGACAUUUGUGAAAAUCAUUCAUUUGACAUAUUUACUCAUUAGAAUAUAACCAACAUAGACUCUGUGUAAAUGUAAAAAGGGAGAGCUUAAUAUGAUGCACGUUAACUUAUUUCAGCAGGGAGGAACAUGGUAAAAAACGACUGCAGAGUGAAAACCAGAGCAGCUCAGCUCAGCAAACAUGCUGUCUGAAAGGGACUUUUCCAGAAAGAAUGAAGAAGACUUUCGUUGGCUGUUUUUAUUCUAAGAAGAUUUGAUGUGAGCUGAAGAACUAACCAACUGAUCACAGCUGCUCUCUCUCUCUCUCUCUCUCAUCCUCAUGGAGCCCAGUCCUGUCCACACCUCGGACCAGUUUUUGUCUGCUCUUUGUAAACAUGACUUUUCAGGACAUGGUGUUUAAUUCCUGUGGCAUAUUUACUUCUAGCUCUCGUCACAUGGUUAAAAAUGUGGUCAAAAACUGAAAUCUGCCAUGAGUUGUUUUCAAAUGCCGAAUGAGGACAUAUGAAUCCAAACUCUUCAAAUGUCCAUGUUUUAGUUGAUGAUUUAUUGUUUUCUUUUAUCAUUUAAUGUGUACUGUAUGUGUUCAGGUGUACUGGUUGUUCAAACUGUGGAUUACUGCCUUUCUUGGCCAAGUCUCCCUUUAAAAGUGUCUCAACAGGAAUAACCUAGCAAAAUGAAAGUUGGUGCUGAAGACUGAGACUGACAGCUGUCAGAGAGAGAGAGGCAGAGAUAGACUCACUGUGAACAGCUGAUUCUGAGCUUCUCUCCUGUGUAAUUUGAGUGAUUAUUGAGUUGGAAGAAUAUUUUUAAGGACCGUUUUUGAAAGGUGGCUAUCACAUAAUCAAAAUGGAAAAUAAGGAGUUUGUUUUCUGUGUAUAAUUUUUCCGUGCCGUAAUGUACUGUAUAGAUUAUAUUGUACCCAGUUUGGUUGACAUGUUUGGUACAUUAAAAUGCAAGGAUAUUCAUAAAUCGAAGUAACAUUUUUGCUUGGCUGGCCAGCUAAGGGGGGUCCUGUGUAAUUUUCUUUCUGGGGACCCAAAAUCCCUAGCUACACCCCUGUCCUGGCUCAUGGGAAUGGUCCUCAACAUGGACUUGCACCGCUUCAGGAUAGUUAACCUCUACGCUGAGCUGAAAGCCCUCAGAUGUCAUGUCUUCAACCCGGCCCAAACCACCAAGAUGAUGGACAAUGGGGGGACCUUGUCAUCUAAAUCCAUCUUGAGGGAAAACCAAAGGUGGAGGCUCCCUCAUUCAGUAAACAGGGUGUUCAGGCCAGUGAGAGCCACUGUGACACCACAAGCUUCCUCAGCAGCAUCAUGCAGUUCUGUCACAGCAGCUCUGACAGGAAAAGGCUGGCCUAAAGCCCUUGCUCUAAAGAGGAAAGCUGACCAGCUGGUGUGACCGUGUGCUCCCUCCAAAAGCACAAAGAGACCUUGAAGCUCUGAGCCUGAACAUCAGAGCAAAAAGCUCCAACCUGACCUCAAGGCUCCAACCUGAACAUCUUAGAGCGUCCCUGAUGACGAGCUCUGUGAGCAGCCCUCCAGCCUCUCAGCACCUGGCGUAUCUGUGAAACGCAACAUCACAUUCAAGCUAGUGAGCGCUGUGACGAGCGUGUGCUGUAUGAAGCUCUCUGUCAGGAUGGAUCCAGCGGGAUUUUAAAGGAGUGACAGACAACAAAAAAGUCCAGCCCAACCCCUGGUUUGUGCUUAUGUGCAAACAACAUGUAAUAUUGACUACUGGUUGUAAUCACACACCCAAGAAUCCACUCUUUCAUUAAAAACAGACGUCCAGUUCAGCGGAGAGCAACACAGCCGCUCGGAUGUGACCCCUCUGAAACCACACACACACACACACAGCCACACCCUCCCUAACGUCAUGGCGGUGGAUUGCAGAGCAACGCGUUCCCAUGACGCAGAACUUCGAAUGGUCAACGAUGGCUAAAGAUGCUCUCAUAUUAUGAACUAGUCAGAAACUGGUCCAGCGUUCAUCAGCACACACUGAAAAAAAGUACAACAAUGCUGUUUUAGGAUUGAUGUAAUUUUCUGUUUUACAACAGCCUAAAAUUAUUGAUUUGUUCAUUAAAUCUAAGUCUUCUAAAUAAUCUUAAAUGUCGAACCUUUAUUUUUCAUUUAAACAGGCAGCUGAACACCAAAUUAAAUUCUGUCAUUGGAUCAAUGUAUUGGGCGAUCCAGGAAGCAGUCGCCCGGAGCAGGGACUGCUGGGAUUGUUUGGUACAAGGGAGUUCACUCUUCUGCUGUUCUAUAAUGUUCAUGUUUCAUUGUGGGGUUGUCAUGGUGCAUGAUUUGUUUGUUGGUUCAUGAUUUUUGGGGGAGUGUGUUCUUUACAAAUGUCCCACCAUGAGUGAGGGUUUAAUAGUGCACACUACACUGCCUGUUGAUGUGUGUGUUUCUGUGUUAAAAGAAACUAUAGAUAUUCAUGUUUACUGCAUAAAAAAACUUGUCUAUGAGCCAUUCUUUACCACAGUUAGCCACAAUGUUAUUUAUGGCAUCAAGCCUGCUGUAUGCGUCUGAAACAACACCCUGAGUGGAUAUGAGGAACAUUUGAUGUGACAGCAGCUGCCAAUUUUUAAGCGGCUCUCCUGCUACAC